UGCGCUGUUGCAACGUCAACUGUGCUGACAACGACCACCACUCUCGAUCUCUCGAAGACCCACCCAGACCCAGUAAUAUAUAUAUAUAUGUAUAUAUCAUCAAUCCUCUUCAUUUUGGGUUGCAACGAGAAACAGAUCAUCAUAAUCAGAGGACGAGGAAGAUAAUAAUGAAGCUGGUUUGGUCCCCGGAGACGGCUUCCAAAGCUUAUAUCGACACUGUUAAAUCUUGUGAAGCCUUUCAAGACUCAAGUGUGGCGGAGCUCGUUUCGGCCAUGGCCGCCGGCUGGAACGCCAAGCUAAUCGUGGAGACCUGGUCGCAAGGCGGAGCAAUCGCCACGAGCAUCGGGCUGGCAGUGGCCAGCCUUCACACCGGCGGAAGGCACGUCUGCGUAGUGCCCGACGAGGAGUCGGCGUCAGAGUACGCGGAGGCCAUGGGAAAGGCCGGUAUGUCGCCGGAGGUCGUCGCCGGCGAGCCGGAGGAAGUGAUGGAGGGGUUGGUUGGAGUUGAUUUCCUGGUAGUGGAUUGCCGGCGCGGCGACUUCGCUAGGGUUCUGAGGGCGGCGAAACUGGGGCAAAGGGGGGCCGUUUUGGCGUGCAAAAAUGCGAGCGCUAGAGGGACGGCGGAUUUCCGGUGGCGGAGCGUGGUGGAAGGUGGCGGUUCACGGCGGCGGCUAGUGCGGUCGGUGUUUCUGCCGGUGGAGAAGGGGCUGGAUAUAGCGCAUGUGGCGGCGGCGGGCGGUAGCAGUACAGGGAAAGAGAAAGGAAGAUGGGUGAAGCACGUUGAUCGGCAAUCCGGCGAGGAGUAUGUUAUCAGGAAAUAAAUUUAGGGUUUCAACCAAGCAAAACAAAACUAAAAAAAAAAAAAAAGAAGAAGAAAGAAAUUAGGGUUUGGGGAAUUAUUUCUUUAAUUUGCUUUUCACUCUGUAAAUAAAAUUGAAAAUUUUGACAUAACUGUUCAUCCUUUAUUGAAGAAUAUCUUAUAUUCCA